GCUCACCUCAUGUGCAGCAUCGACCCCCCUGGCAGCCGGGACGUGGAUGACGUGCUCUCCACAGCUCACCUCCCAAACGGCCUAAUCCAGGUGGGUGUGCACAUUGCGGACGUGGCAUAUUUCGUGCGGCCGGGCAGUCUGCUGGACGCGGAGGCAAAGGCGAGAGGCACGUCGGUGUAUUUGGCAAACCAGAGGAGCAACAUGCUGCCAGAGGCACUCAGCGAGGGCCUGUGCUCGCUGCUGGGCGGCCGCACGCGCCUGGCAGUGAGUGUCAUCUGGACGCUCGACCCCUCCAACCGAUUCGCGCUUGUGGGACCGCCUUGGUUCGGCCGAACGGUCAUCAAGUCGAACCAUCAGCUCUCCUACGCGCAAGCGCAGGCCAUAGCAGACGGCGUGCAUCCGCUGCCCGAGGAGUAUCAGCUGCCGGGGGGGCAGAGGGAACUGGCCCGAGCCAAGACGUGCAUCGCCACGCUCACUGCCUUUGCGCGGGAGCUGCGUAGGCAACGGCAGAGGGCAGGGGCGCUGGAGCUGGCGAGUGCGGAGCUGCGGUUUGAGUUUGACGAGAGCCGAGGGACACCCAGGCGGGUGUUUUCGAAGCAGGAGAUCCCGAUGAACGCCGUGGUGGCUGAACUCAUGGUGCUCGCCAACGCUGCUGUCGCCCGCAAGCUCACCAGAGCCUUCCCCUCGAAUGCUUUCCUGCGCCGCCACGCCCCUCCUCGGCCGAAUGGUUUUCGACAUCUCAUGCAUUGUUGUGCAGUGCGAGGCAUUGCACUCGACACAUUGACAAACAAGUCACUGGCCUCUUCCCUUGCAGCAGUCAAGCAACUCGGUGACCCCGUCUUGGAUUUUGGGCUCAAGGCCCUCAGCACCCGUGCGCUCUCAGAGGCGGAGUACCUGGCAGCAUCAGAUGCUGCAGCAGACGGCAUCGGAACUUAUCACUACGGCCUCGCAGUGGAACUCUACUCGCACUUCACCUCCCCGAUUCGCCGCUACGCCGAUCUCCUGGUUCACCGGCAGCUGCUGGCAGCGACACUCUACUCGCACUUCACCUCCCCGAUUCGCCGCUACGCCGAUCUCCUGGUGCACCGGCAGCUGCUGGCAGCGCUGCAGCGGCAGGGGAGAGGGGGAGGGAGAGGGGAGGAGGGAAACGAGGGGGCCGCAGAGGCGGAUGAAGGGGGUGGUAGGAGCGAGGAGGCGAAAGAUCGAGAAUCGCGAGGCGUGGAGUGGGACAAGCUAGCCGCCCAUCUGAACAAGCAGCACCGGCUGGCCAAGCUAGCGUCCAAGAGGAGUGCAGAGCUCUGUUUGCUGCUGCUGCUGAGGGAGCAACCGUUGGUGGAGAGAGCAGUGGUGGUGUCGAUUCACGACGGCUACUUGACUCUCUUUGUGCCUCGCCUUGACGUGCAAGGCCAGGUGCCCUUUCAGGACAAGGACAGCAUGGCAGUGCUGCCUCGCAAGCACGUGAGCGUGGAGGCAGAGGAGGCGGAGCAGCAACAGUUCCGGCACAGGCUGCGAGUGAGAGUGGAGACGGGGGAUGGCAGGCGAGUGGCACCAACUGACCUCAUGGGGAAUGCAGGGGAUGCUGCUGCUGCUGCUGCUGCUGCUGCUGCUGCUGCUGCUGCUGCUGCUGCUGCUGCUGCUGCUGGUUACGAGGAGGAUGACGAGGAGGAUGAGCGGGAGGGUGGUGGUGGUGUGGGCCAGUGCGGCAUGGAUGAGGACGCUCCUGCAUGCGUCAAGAUAGUGGAUUUCCAGCAAGGCUUCUCCAUCGUCGAGUACUGGCUCUUCCAGACCCUCUGGGUCCAGCUGUCCGCCUCAGGCUCCAUCGCUCGCUUCCCCACUCUCAAGAUGGAGAUACUAGCAGAUGCACACCCCUCAGCCGUUGCAGCGAAUCUCAAGAGCCAAUCAGAGGCUGCCAGCUCGGCUAAGCGAGGGCUGCUGGGGGAAGAGGAGGGAGGAGGGGAGGAGGGUUGUGGGGAGAUGGGAGGAGAGGGUGAUUUCCAUUCCUCUCACUUUGGACCCUGGAGGGAAGAGGAGGAAGAGGAUGGGGAGGAGGGGGAGGAAAGGGAGGUGGGGCAGAGGAGGGGGAAGACAGGGAAGGUUGGAGGAGGGAAGAAGUGGGAGCAGGGAGGAGUGGGGGAUGUGGGGAUUACGAGUCAGAAGGACGUAUUUUCUGGGAAGGUUCCAGUGGAUGGCCUGAUUUCAUCAGGCGAUGUGGAUUUUGAAGCGGAUGCUGCUGCGGCUGCCACCGCCGCUGCGGUGGCUGCAGCCGUGGUGGCAGGGGAAGGGGAAGAGGAGGAGGAGGCAGGGGAAGAAUUGCAAGACACAGGAGAUGAGGGAAGGGCAGGGGAAGGGGGAGGACACAAGGGGGGGAGGAGGGUGAUUGGGAGGUUCAGUCCGGCAGCAGCCAGCAGUGAGAGCGACGCCAUAGCCAGCAGCAGCAGCAGCAGCACUGCCAGCAGCGGCAGAACCACUGAUGGUGCAGCAGGAGGUGGCGGUGGCGGUGGUGGUGGUGGUGGUGGUGGUGGCGGUGGUGGCGGUGGUGGUGGUGGUGGUGGCGGUGGUGGUGGUGGUGGUGGUGGCGGUGGUGGUGGUGGCGGUGGUGGUGGUGGUGGUGGCAGUGGUGGUGGUGGCGGUGGUGGUGGUGGUGGUGGUGGUGGCGGUGGUGGUGGUGGUGGUGGUGGUGGCGGUGGUGGUGGUGGUGGUGGCAGUGGUGGCGGUGGUGGCGGUGGGUUGGGUGCGUUCCGCGGUCGAUGCGGCAUGCACGACUUGAUGGACGCCAUGCGGGCGCUGCACAUGGCGGGAGACUCUACAAGUGUGGUCAGUUCGCCAGCGGACCUUGCCUUCUCUCUCUCACACAGUGGAGCGCCCCUCAAGGGCCUGCCCCUUCCGCCUCGGCCUCCUCCCCCUCCACUGCCAGUCCACUUCCUCUGCCGCCCGGUGUUUCCAUAAGUGCCGCCCUGCCACUCUCCUUGGGCGAGGAGGCAAGCCUCAAUGGUGGUUCGUCCAUGCGACAGAAGCAGCUGCUGGCAAAAGCGGCUCACAUCCGCGCCAUGCUGAACAAGUCUGCCAGAUCAAAUGCAACUGAAAAGCAGCGGAGAAGAGCUGCGAAAGAAGCACUUCUGCGACAGAGAGCUCAAGGUCAAUCGUUAGGAGUCUAUUUUUGAGCCGCCUAAAAGAAAUAGCUGGAAAUUUGCAAAAGAAGCACUUCUGCAACAGAGUGCCAUGAUGAAAGUUACAACGCGCAGUGCAUUGUGAAAGCUUGCUUGGGUCAUCUUGGCAAAUGCAGCGUGCUUCAUUUCAUAUGGGAUUGCGUACAUGGUUCUCGUCCAAUAGACUACACCUAAAUAGGGUGGGUGGGUGGGGAAAACGAAACUGGAACUAGAAAUGAAGAACGUGGGUGAGGUCGAAUGGCCUCACGUCCCUCUUUUGUAGGCAAAAGAGGGUGAGUAGCGCUUCGUCGCUGUCCUUGCUGCGUUGGCCCUCGCUACACUUUCACAAUACACAUUUUUUAUUAAG